AUGCCGAUGCCAAUGGGGGUCGCAGCCGGCUCCGGCGCCGGCGAGUCCUCCCCGCGCGAGGAGAGCAACAUGCUGCUGCCGCGCCGCGGGCCGCCUCCCCCGUCGCCGUCCCCCGUCGUCGGCAAGCAGCUCCCAUCGGGCGCCGUGCCGCGCCACGCCUUCGUCUUCGACGGCGAGGGCCAGUACCUCGACUCGCCGUGGGACCUCACGCCGUCCCCCUCCUCCGCGCCGGGGGCGUUCACCUGGCACCACGUGGAGCUCCCGCGGGUGCUCUCCGGCGCCGGCGCCGGCGCCGCGAAGCCGCUCCACCACGCGCAGGCGCUGAUCGAGCUCCUCUGCCCGCCGCUCACGCUGCAGGAGAUCCUCGCGCUCGUCGGCUCCGGGCCGCACUGCGGCGGCGGCGUCUCCUACGGCGCCGACGGCGCCGGGGGCGCGCUCAUGCUCCGGGUCAGCGCGCCGGGCUCGCUCGGCAGCGCCUUCGCCAUCCGCCUCGCCGCGCGCGUCACCGAGACCUCCGUCAUCACCGUCUCCGUCGGCGGCGUCCCGCGCCUCGCGUUCGGGACCACACAGGCGUCGCUCCUCUCCGAGGUGCCCCUCGGGGUGGCCGCCUCGCUCGCCGACGAGGGCAACGGCGGCGGCCGCGCCGUCGAGGGCGGCGUCGUCAUCGACGAGCGCCUGCUCGAGUCGCUGCUCGCCAUGAACCACGCCGACGGCGCGCACACCGACAACCCCGUGCCGCGCACCGUGUCCAACCUCCUCGUACACGUCCUCGGCACGCACGUGGACCACGUCCACGACAUUGUCACGCGACUCGAGAUGGAGCUAGACAGCAUCGAGCUGCACCUAGACAAAGGUGGACACUUCAUGAGGAAAUUUCUGUUGGAUGGUAGGAGAUUCCCCAAAAUGCACCUUGAUUUACAGCGCCUACUUCAGGUUGUUUCUCACGGUGAACAAGUGUUUCCCCGUGUGAAGGAAAGAUGCGCGAGCAAGAGUUGGUUUGCAACAGGGGAUAUCACCGCCCUCGAAGAUUUGAUCAGCCGCCUCAGGAGGCUCAAAGAGAACCUCGGAUUCAUAACGAACAGAGUGACCACACUGCAGGCCAGCCUCGACAGCUGGCAGUCAGAGCAGAUCAACAAGAGCUUGUACUAUCUUUCAUUCCUCUCCAUAGUUUUCCUCCCUCUCUCCAUUGUCACUGGAGUUUUCGGGAUGAAUGUCGGUGGCGUGCCAUGGACCGAGCAGAAUAAGAACCCCAAGAAUUUGGAUGGCUUCAUCAAUGUUAUGGUUAUAUGCGCUGUGAUCCUGCUGCUCCUGCUGCUUUGCUUCCUGUUCCCUUCCUUGUAUUCUCAUGUGUCGGCGUGGCGAACCCGGCGUGAGCUGACCAGGAGCAGCUCUCAGAACAAGAGGCACCUGAAACCCUUCAAAGGCCACAGAGAAGGUUACAUGCGCUUGUGAGGACGACAUUGCAGGUUCUUUCCAUACUUGAAAAGUGUCAACACCUGGGGGGUGGCUUUGCAUUAUGUAACCAUGAAUGGAAGAACCGAGGUGUUCCAUCGACGACUGAAAUCUGGAUACCAAGAAAAAGUUUGGUGAUGUUGUUGUAAUAGUGUGGAAUAAAAUUAGACAGAAAAACUAGAUAGGGGCCCAUGUACAGAUUUACACGGUAGGUUCAUCAUACCUUUGUUCAUUCUUUAGUUCUUUUCUUCAUUAUUAUCUUGGGGAAGCUUGUUAAAUACUAAUGUAAUAUUAUGCGCCUGUAAACUGUAAUUUCUUCAACGAGAACAAGCUAAUUGUUUCAACCAUUGUUCUUUGGGAGUC